AAGUGAUGUGAGGGGCAGCAAUGAGCUCACUAUUUCUAUGAUAACCAAUCACAUCCAACGUUCCGGAGUUCCGAACUUCUUUCUCAUGAACUCCGGAGCUCCCCAGGCCUUAGAUAUUGCGCUCUCUUUCUCUCUCACUCUCUCUGUGCGGAUGUACGGCACGAGUCCUCACCCAAAACUAUGUACAUGUCAUACAUACCACAUAUUCCCCAAAGCGUUUCAUAUAAAGGCGGUGUUUUUGACCGACAUCAGUUGCUAGUGAUGAGCGCUCCUACGUAGAACCAGAACAACAGAGUUAUCCUUCAUCCGAUCGAUGAGAAAUUUCGGCCGGAUACUGUCGUUUUUCGCUAGAGGAAAAAAAAAGGAAAGAGAGAGGUGCAAACAGGUUUUUUUUUUGCACGCAUCAAAAAGGUUCCCCUGUCGUCCGGACCAAGCUGGGAUCAUGUAUCUACGUCUUACGUUGUCACUUACAGACUCGCAUCUAAUGAAUCAAUAUCAACUGGGGGUCAGGGAAUCAG